AUGAUUAGAUUAAGAUUAUUAGGAUUAUUUUUAAAGUUUAAGAACGAAAAGCAGGUGGGAUUGGUGCCUCAUCUCCUUCCUCAAGCAAUUCAGAUUGAUGAUCUGGUGUAUAAAUAUUCCACUCCGCUUGAGAAAAUCUUUCACAGCUCACUCUAUCACUUAUCAAGUAAGCCAAAAAUUUGGCAGAAAUUUCUGGCUCAAUUCUUUUGACAUAAUCAUAACUAA